GCGAAAGUUUUUGAUACAUAUUAUUAGGGUUUUCCCCUACGAUGCUGAAAGGGCGGGAAAGUUUAAUCCGAUUGGUUGGUCGGCGCCGGCGAUUUCUCCGUCGCCGUCACUCUCUUCUCACUUCAUCCGCUCCUCAGCAUCAGAUUGGCUGUAAGGAAUAUAAGGAUGAGGUAAGCACUGGAAAUGGAAAUGUUGAUGAAGAAGAAUGGGUUGAUUGUCCUGUUUGUGGGAAGAAGAUUCGAGGCGAAGAUCGCGUGGUUAACUCUCAUUUAGAUAAAUGCCUUGCUAGAGGAAGUAAACGCAAAUUGAGCCAAUGCACCCUUUUCCAGUUGAACUUUUGCACAAGACCUAAAGUUACAGUCUCAUCCAUCGAGUCGGACGUUACAAGGAUUGACGUUGGUCCAAGUACUGAUGAUGGUAAUAUCUGUGACCUUGCUUCUGUUACCUUCUCAAAAAAUAUAUGUGACCUGGCUUCGGAAAUGAACAGCUCAGAUGGUCCCGAAAAUGAUAUCCAAGAGGAAUCCAAGAGUAGUGUUUGUAAUAGGGUUAAUCGAAUGGAAAACUUAGAUGGUCUCAUCAAGCUGGAUGAUGAACGCAAACUUCUGCCCGAUGCAAAGACAAUGCAAAUUUUUGGGCUAGAGGGUUCUCCUCAACACCAAAUAAGUGAAGAUAGAAUUGACAACAUCGCAGACUCACCUUUAUCACUUUCUGAAAAAAGGAUGCCGAAAUGUGUGGAACCUUCGGAAGAUGAUGAUAACUCUGAGAUUUUGCUUGAUACAUUCAUUGUUGGCCGUAGGUUUAGUAAUGACGGAGAGUUAACUGUUGGAGCAAUGAUAAUGCUUGCAAGAGAUCCCGAGAAUGUCAGGGACCAGAAUGCAAUCAAGGUUCUAACUAAAGAUACUGAUCACAAUAAAGAGCUAGGUUACAUCCCCAGGGAAUUGGCACAGUAUUUAUCUCCAUUGAUAGACAAGUUCCACCUGAGGUUUGAGGGCCAUAUAACUUCCAUUCCGCAGCAUCCUCAUGCAGUUGUGCCAAUUCAGAUCUAUUCCUCUGGCAUCGUGUCUUUUGGCGAAAAGGACUCCUCUAGUCUCCAAGUAUUCAAUUCCUUACGGAGAAAUGCUCUAUCGGCUGCUGAAUUUUCCAAGACUCACUCUCCUAUCCCUGCAAAAUACCAGCAUAACCUUCUACUUUUACUGAAAGAGGUUUUGAAUAUCAAUGGACAUCUUUUUACUGAAGGCGAGAAAACAUUAUUGGAAGCUUUUUUAUCACUCUCAGAUGACAGUCAAAGGCUCUUUGCUCGGCUUUAUGCACGUAAAGGCCCAUGGUUUCGGAUGGCUAGCAUAUCAUAUGCCGAAAUAUGUGAUUAUGAAGAAGCUGUUAAGGGGCUUUCUGAAGCAGAAUGUGUUACUUUAAUCGAAUCAAUGAAUAUACUACAAAUUAAUGACUUAAAGGAGGUUUUGAAUGUUCUCAAUGUUGGUGAACUACGGGACCUUAUCUCUAGUCUUAACAAGACACAUAAGAAGAUUGCCCAGAACUCUGAUCGUGGUACUAGAAAGCAAGAUUACAUUACUCGGGUUCUUGCUGCAUAUCAAGGUGGUUUAUGCCCCAACCUUACAAACAUGAUUCUAGGGAAAACUGGAAGAUGCAUCCGGAUAUCUGCAUCAGCUGAAUCUGUCUUUUGGCGUGCCGAGAGGCUAUUUUUCCUGAAUGGAGAGCAGGACCUGUCAGAAUUUUUACUUGUUGACUUGGGCAUUGUGAAAUAUCCUGCUUACAACUGCAUAUUCACAGACCAAAUUUUUCCAGACAGAAGUGACCUAUUGUCUUAUGAAGAGGCCAUUGAGGUUGCACAAAUUAUGGAUGAGUCUCUUGAUGAGAACAACAAUGAGUUGGUAUCAAGAUGCAUAGAGAUCUCUGCCUCUAACGUAUCUAGCUUUGUGGAGAAAGAUAGAUCAGCUCAUUCUGGGUCAAUGGCUGCAUUUUUAUCUCGCUUUUCAGCCAGUUGGGUGUAUUCUAAGGUGAUCCUGUUGGGUGUUUCUUUCCUGGAGCAUGAACAGAGGUAUAAAGAAGCAAUCAAUUUGCUUAAGCUGCUGCUAGAAAAAUGUAAAUGUGAUCGAAGAAGGGGAUAUUGGAAUCUGAGGCUCUCAAUUGAUUUGGAGCAUGUUGGGUGCCUUGAUGAGAGUCUUGAAGUAGCUGAAAAGGGGUUGCUAGAUCCUUGGGUUCGUGCUGGCUCUAGAGUGGCUCUGCAAAGGCGCGUUCUGCGGUUGGGGAAGCCCCCUAGACGUUGGAAAACUCCCAGUUUUUCGAGUUCUGUCAAAAGGAAGAUAGUUGAGGUUCAUGUUCAGGGCAGACCAUUGAACUGCAAAACAGGGGUGAAGAAUGUCUUUUAUGGUGAGGAUGGAGACCGCUGUGGAGUAGAAGAGCUUGCUCUACAGUAUUAUGCUGGAGAAGGAGGAAGCUGGCAGGGUGUUCACACUGAGAGUGGGAUUUGGUUGACUAUGUUCGGGCUUCUAAUGUGGGAUGUUGUAUUUGCUGAUGUGCCAAAUGUCUUCCGCACCAAAUUUCAGACUGCACCUUUGGAUCUGGAGACUGACAGCUUUUAUGAAGUCAGAAGGAGUCGUAUAGAAGCUCUUCUAGAUAAGAUUGAGCAUGGCAUGGCGGAAGAGUUACUUAUCAUGUCAUGGGAAUCACAUGUGGGAAUAGCCUGUAGGGGAGUCAACUGGGACAAGCAUUCCCUGUCUGAGCUGCGAGCAGCUGUUACAUGCAUUGGUGGUCCUUGUCUUGCGUCAAUCUGUCGAAAUUUGGCUCAAGAUUACAGGAGCUGGUCUAGUGGAAUGCCUGACUUGUUGCUGUGGCGCUUCCGUGAUGACUACAGAGGUGAAGCAAAGCUUGUUGAAGUGAAAGGCCCCAGAGACAGACUUUCUGAACAACAACGUGCAUGGUUGCUCUUUUUAAUGGACUGCGGCUUCAAUGUUGAGGUAUGCAAAGUGAGUCAUGCCCCAAUAUAGGGGUUGGGAAUUUACAUGGCAAGCCAUCAGGUAAGAAGAUAUGCGCUGGUUAGAUUUUUUCAACAAUUUACGAUACUCCAAGUAGAGAUGACCUAGAUUGCGUGACAAUUUAGCGGACCUGUUUACUAUCCAGUUAUACAGAUCAAACAUUUGAUUUGGCUGUUAAGAUGGGUUAACCUCCCAACCACAAUAUUUACCGUAAAAGAUUUUCAGAGCCAUUACUUUACACACAGAUUUGCAUUAAGUCAAGUUUAGCAGAAACAGUUAGUGCAGAAUUCAGGGGAUUUCCUUGUUUUCUAGGCGCAACUGCAUUGUAAAGUGGCUAAUUGCCUCUCGUCUUUUAAUUUUUUUUCUUCUGUCUGGACUUUAUUCUUGUACAAAGAAUGCUACCAAUUUUGUUGUAUUAUUGUAAUUGAAAUAUUUUACCUAAGGUUUUCAUUAGUAUUAA